GUCUGCAGGUAGCCAAGAGAAGCCAUGCCAUGAUGCUGGUUCUACGGAGGCUACUGAGGAAGCGCUGGGUGCUGGGGGUUGUCUUCGGAUUGUCCCUCAUCUACUUCCUCACCAGCACCCUUAAACAGGAGGAGAGGACCAUGCGCGACCGCACACUCUUGCAAGUUAAAGACGCGGACCACCGCAUCCCCUGGAAAGUGCGUUUCCACCUCGGCAACAGCAGCCGCCAAAUUACCCAGUGCAGAAACUCCAUCCAGGGCAAGAUAUUGCUCACGGACGAACUCGGUUACGUCUGCGAGAGAAAUGACCUGCUGGUCAACGGCUGCUGUAACGUCAACUCUCCCAGCACCAGGCAGUACAUUUGCAAAAGCUGCCUGGCCAACGGCUGCUGUAGCAUCUACGAGUACUGCGUGUCGUGUUGCCUCCAGCCCGAUAAGCAACCUCUUCUCGAGCAUUUCCUGAACCGCGCAGCCAAAGGUUUCCAGAAUCUUUUCACUGCUGUGGAGGAUCAUUUUGAGCUGUGCCUGGCCAAGUGUAGGACCUCUUCACAAAGUGUUCAGCAUGAGAACACCUAUCGAAACCCCCAAGCAAAAUAUUGCUACGGUGAGAGUCCUCCAGAGCUUCUGCCUGUCUGAGCUAGACCUACUUAGUUGGCUUAAGAAGAACAAGUGGAACCAUGGGUAUUAAAAACAAGUCGAUUGAAGAAGAGACUCGACAAAAUAAAGGCUGUUUCGGACAGUUUUGCAUUAUCUUGGCAGAUGAAGACAUUCAAAACCUUCAACCUCAGAAAGUAGUACACAUGCUGUUUUCAAAAUGUAUUAUUUACACUUCAUAAGUGCAAAGAACGCUUCAUAGAUUCAUCCGUGAUGAUCAUCAGGUCUCCUGCACAAACGGCUCAGUCAUCAGGUUUGGCUUCAAACAUGUUCGUAUUAGGAAACAGGUUUAAUCUUAUCACAGCUGGGUUUUUUUUUUUUUUUUAUCUGUUUGCUUUGUGGAGAAAACUGAAACAGCAAAGAAUGUGUUGGUGCUUUUGUGUAUCGCAUGCAUAUAUAAUUGUUAUUUAAUAAAAAGUGACAAAACAU